AUGGCAGUCUUGGUUUUCAUUUCAGAAAUAGUUUUGGCUGUUAUCCUGACGCUACUGGGAUUUGCCAUUCUCGCUAUUUUGUUAACAAGAUGGACACGGCGCAAGCAAAAUGAAGUUGAUAUCUCAAGAUAUAGUUCUGAACAAAGUGCUGGUCUGCUGGACUAUGAGGAUGACAGAGAUUUUUCUUCUCCAAGAUCUAAAAGAGGAAGAGGAUUCCGGAAUUUAUACUCAACAGAAAGUGACAUUUCAUAUGAUGAUCGAGAGGGAUACAACAGAAAUUACAUGCCAUCAACCAGCUCCCUCGUUUUACCUCAAGAAUCUGUGAGUGAUACAAAUGACUUAAAAGCAACACCAGAACCUCUAUCUGGCACUGUAGGACCCAUAACUGGAACUAUUGGCCCAAUAAUGCAAUUCACAGCACCUAUUCCUGGAGGUACAGGACCUAUCAAACUCUCUCAAAAGACCAUCGUGCAAACUCCAGGACCUGUUGUACAAUAUACUGGACCCAGUGCUGAAACUUCAGAAAUGACCUCGGGAUCAACUCCUCAUGCAGUCAAUGGACCAGCUCCACAAGCCCUCACUUGUCCACCUUCAAUGCUCAGGGGUCUGCCCCUGGCACCCAUAAUGAUUUCACAGAGAACCUCAACAAGACCUGAAAAAUCUAAAGUAAGGCAAGAACCACCAACACAUGUAGCAGUACCUAUCAUUACUCCAGUACCUAUUGUAAUUGGUCCAGUGGCAGCUGUGGACAGUUCUGGAAAAGUCACACUAUCUCCUAUAGUUAUAUUUCCAGGUUACAUGGAUGGAGAACUUAUAAAAAAAUCAGAUUCCAAAGCCCAGAUUCUAAAAUGUGGAAGCACUACAAAGUUUCAGAGUAGCCAAGAAAAAAACAAGGAAGAACUACAGAAGAAAAUCUCAUUUACAGAUUCUGAUGAAGUCGUGAUAGCAGAGCACAAAAAUGAAUCAAGCAGUUUCCAAGAUGUUGAGUUGCAGAAAAGUAAGAUAGAAAUGGGAGUCAAGGUAAAGGACAGUAAUGCUGAGAUAAGGAAAAGACAAGAAUCCCAAGAAAAAGUGAGAGACAUGAAAAUGCCAAGAGAAGCAGCAGCCCAGGUAGAGAAGAGUGAGGUUGAAAUACCGCAAGGACAGGAAGCCAAAGCAGAGAAGAAUGAGGCCGAAACAACACAAGGACAGGACGCCCAAGCAGAGAAAAGUGAAGUCAAAAUACCAAAAGGACAGGAAGCCCAAAAAGAGGAGAGUGAGGCCAAAGUACCACAAGGACAGGAAGCCCAAGUAGAGGAACAUAAAGUUGAAAUACCACAAGGACAGGACGCCCAAGCAGAGAAAAGUGAAGCCAAAAUACCAAAAGGACAGGACGCCCAAGUAGAAAAGAGUGAGGCCAAAGUACAAAGACAGGAAGCCCAAGUAGAGGAAAGUAAAGCUGAAAUAUCACAAGGAAAGGACACCCACAUAGAGAAAAGUGAAGCCAAGAUACCAAAAGGACAGGAUGUCCAAGUGGAAAAGACUGAGGCCAACGUACUACAAGGACAGGAAGCCCAAGCAGAGAAAAGUGAAGCCAAAAUACCAAAAGGACAGGAAGUCCAAGUAGAGAAAAGUAAAGCUGAAAUACCACAAGAACAGGACGCCCAAACAGAGGAAAGUGAAGCCAAGACACCAAAAGGACAGGGGCCCAAAGUGAAGAAGAGUGAGACCAGAAUACCAAUAGGGCAGGGGUCCCAAAUUAACUAUCAAACUCUUAAGAUUUCUAUUGACAAUCACUAUGCUAUUAAAGUCAUGGCAGUGCCUGUUGACCUGUCUGUGUACAAAGUGGAAAAUUCUUCCUUACUGUGA